GCGCCGGAACUUCCGGCUGGUGUGGCCAUCUUGACUUCCUGACCUUGGGCGCGCGGUGGUCCUUGUCUUUGGUCGUUCCGCGCCGUCAUGUCUGCCCUGACGCCGCUGCUGUUGCGGGGCCUGACUGGCUCGGCCCGGCGCCUCCUGGUGCCGCGCGCUCAGGUCCACUCGAAGCCGCCGCGGGAGCAGCUCGGUGUCCUGGAUAUCACCAUUGGGCUCACUUCCUGUUUCAUCUGUUGCCUCCUGCCUGCGGGCUGGGUCCUGUCACACCUGGAAAGCUACAAGAAGCGGGAGUGAAGGGAGCUGUCCUCCCCUCAUCCUGUGACUAGACCACUCUUGCCAGCCUGUCUUGAUCAUGUUUCCUGCAUUCCUGACUGGCCUUCCCUGGGAUCAUGCCAUUCAAUUCCAGUCGGCUCUUCUGCAAUCAUGACCUCUCGAAGUCUCCAUCGUGACAACCGGGACCACAUAUUGCUUCUGCUUGGUGGGGUCCCCCUUGUAACAAUAAAGUUAAUUUAAACCUUG